GCGGGGCUCUCUCAUGGCGGGUUAGAGUGACUCCCCUCCGGACUUUCACUGCGCAUCUCCCCCACCCCCGCCCCCCCUACCUCCCUCGCGCAUCCAUCGGGUUCCUGCUUCGGGCUCUCCAUAUGUAGCUUUGUUGCGUCCACUCCCACAGACGCUGUUGGCUGGCUGGCUCAAUUGCUCCUGGUGCUGCUGCUGGUGCUGCCGCUCGUCUCACUUUUUCUUUGAGGAAUUCUUCCUUUAGGUUUCUGAUAUUUCUGCGCAAUGGGGAAGUCUAAGAAGAAAGGAGCUGCUGCUGUAACUGCCGUUGUACCCGCGAAGGAUGCGGAGGACAAGGCCACAACUAAAAGGGCCGUCGAAGCUGGAGCUGGCGUUCCUCCACUGAAGAAGUCGAAAGGGCAGAAGAAGUCUGUACCUCCGCCGAAAGUGGUUGAGAAAUCAUCUGAGGAGGAAUCGGAGGAAGAAGAGGCCGCUUCGUCUGACGAAGAAGUGCUUCCAAAAAUCACCAAUGGAAAGGCCGCGAAAGGAAAACCUACGGAAACCAAUGGCGAGAAUGACAGCGAGGAUGAUGAACCCAUGAACGAUAGCGGAGCCUCCAACAGCGCCGACAGUGAGGAAGAGAACCGGGAAGAGGAAGUACCAGUGAAGACCCCUCCGAAGCAAUCUGGUGGAGGAAGCAAGACAUUAUUUGUGAAGAAUUUGGCUUGGGCCGCUGAUCAAGACAAAGUGUUUGAAUUCUUCAGCGACUGCGGCACUGUGGCUGAUGUCAGAAUUGCUCAAGAUGAUAAUGGGCGGUCACGUGGAUUUGGACAUGUUGAAUUCGAAACAGAGGAGGCUGCCCAGAAAGCUCUUCAAAAGAGUGGACAAAACCUUGAAGGCAGGGAUAUCUUCUGCGACCUUGCGCGUGAGAAGGGAUCGACUCCAGGGGGAGCUGCUGCAAAUGGAGCUACUCCAGGCAGGGCGGGAUCCGACAAGACCGCUUACGUCAGAGGUUUCGACAAGUACCAAGAUGAGGACUCGAUUCGGAGUGGAUUGACCGAGUUCUUCAGUGACUGUGGAGAGGUUUUGAAUGUGCGAAUUCCUACCGACCGUGAAUCCGGAGAAAUCAAAGGAUUCGCCUACGUCGAGUUCUCGUCGAAGGAUCAACUGUCGAAGGCAACGGAGAUGGAUGGAUCCGAUUAUAAUGGAAGGAGCUUGGUGGUGAACGAGGCUAGCAGCGGAGGAACUCCUGGUGGUCGUGGAGGGGGCAGAGGUGGCUUUGGUGGUAGAGGAGGCGGUCGUGGUGGUGGUGGUGGUCGUGGCUUUGGUGGACGUGGUGGCGGCCGCGGAGGUGAUAGAGGAAGAGGAGGAAGAGGUGGUGGUAGAGGUCGGGGUGACUUCGGCGGCCGAGGAGGCCGUGGCGGUCGAUCAUCUGCACCUGCUGGAAAGAAGAUGCGGUUCGAUGAUUGAAUUAACACUUCGACGAUUAGAUAAUUUUUCACUUAGUAAGAUGGGUACCUCCUUUAUCAGUGUCUAUUGGCUGCUGGAUAUCCUUCGUGCUGCAUGCCUAUUUCGAGGAAUUUUGGUGUAGCAGUCCAAUCCACUAAGGUUCAGUGUUUUAUUUUGGGUAUAUGAUCCCAUUUUUCAAACCUCUGUAGCAACCUAACUUAACUUACAUAUGACUCUAGACUUAGUUCGGUCUUUGUAGCAAGUAAUGCCGAAGAAUAGAUGAGACAAGUUCCGCUGGCUUUGUUUUACACAAUGAAACCCACACCAUAAUUUUUUUCAAUUUGAGUGAGUUUAUCGAA